UGGCUCCGCUGGAUGAUUCGGGAACGAUGAAGGAGCUCUGCAGCGACUCGUGUCUCACUUCUGCCAAAUCCAAGAUGCUUCUCUCCAACUGCAAGCUGUGUGGCAAACACUGUCCUUGUAAGCUCUCCAUGACGGUGGACGGUGAGGUGCACAGACUCUGCAGCGAGUCCUGCGUCUCAGACUUCCGCGUCCAGAACCAGUCCUCCUGGUCGUCCUGCGCAGCCUGCGGCGCGCUGCGCUGCAGCCGGCGGCUCGCCCUGCAGACGGACGGCGGCGUGAAAACCGUCUGCGGAGACGAAUGUCUGCUCAAGCUCAAAGAGAAAGUGAAAACCCUGCAGCUUUGCUCGACGUGCAGAACGUCCCAUCAGAUGUCGGACAUGGUGGAAAAUCAAAACAGUGAGGGGCAGCUGGAUCUGUUCUGCAGCCACAUGUGCAUGAAGGUCCACAAAGGUCAGAUCUUCACAGCACAAAGCAAGUCAGAGGAGACUGACGGUAAAGACAUGAAGCCGUCGCUGUCCAGUUUACCCCAGAUCAAAGAGGAGCCGGAGGACCAGGAGUAUUUUCUGAGCCGCUCCGUCUCAGUUUCUCCACAGAGCAUCAAGGAGGAGCCGGGCGCGCCGAAGGAGGACCUGAAGAUCGGGUCGGUUUUCUCCCUGACGGAGGACUCCAAGCCGCCCCGGCCCGCUCCGGCCCACAUGGAGCUCCAGGCGUCCUGCUCCGCCUGCCGGAAGGUGCUGCUGGACGGAGAGACCGUCUACCAGAGGAAAGCCCAUUCGGACCUCUUCUGCUCCACUUCCUGUCUGCUCAGGUUCCACCAGCUGAAGUCCGUGAAGAAGACGUGUCACUUCUGUCUGCGGGAGAUUGUGAAGCUCCAGUCGGUCCUGCAGGUUGCCGUAGACGACGCGGGAACGAAGAAGGACUUCUGCAGCCAGUCCUGCCUGUCGUCCUUCAACUACAAGAGGAUCAUGUCCACCAAGCCCCCAAUCGUCCCAGCUGGGUCGCGGUCCCAGUGCAGCGUUUGCAGCAGAUUCUGCAUCAGCAAACACGAGGUCAUCCAUCAGGACGUGGUGCAGAAGGUCUGCAGCGACCCCUGCUACCGUCGCUUCUGCAACAUCAACAACCUGUCGGUGUGCGAGAACUGCGGCUCCCGCUGCAGCGCGGCGCUCAGCCUCAAGAUGGAGGACGGCAGCAAGCCGCUGUGCGGCGCCGAGUGCCUGAAGCUACUCAAGCAGAAAAUGCCGCCGUUGCAGCCGUGCUCCAUGUGCUGUAAAUCCAAACUCGUGUCUGAAAUGUUUGAGAAUAAAACCAGUGAAGGCGUCGUGGAGCUCUUCUGCUCCAGCAGCUGCGUGACGGCGGCCAAGAUCCAGGCCGUCUGUUCAUCAGGUGUCCCUGUGAGCUGCGGUAGCUGCAGGAAGAUGGCGGCUGCGUCCUGCCACCUGGUCUUGUCGGACGCCUCCAUCAGGAGCUUCUGCUGCCUGACUUGCGCCAUGACCUUCAAGGAGACGCAUAGAGACAAACUCACCCGAACCGGCGGAGCAGAACCCGGCGGAGCAGAACCCGGCGGAGCAGAACCCGGCAGAGCGGCGCCAGAGCAGCAGCUGUGUGCUCAGUGCCAGAAAGCCAUUAAAGCCGCUCCCAGAGUCAUCCAGAGGAAGGAUGAAGUGAUCUUUGUCUGCAGCCUGUUUUGCUCCAAGAGGUUCAAGAAGCUCAACGGCAUCCUGGGUGUGUGUGAACGCUGCAGGAAGAAAACCGUCAUCCGCGAAGUCAAGAGGAUCGACAACAAGGACUGCAGCUUCUGCAGCGACGGCUGUCUGCUGAUGUUCCACCGCGACCUGGACAGGAAGUGGGGAAAACACUGUUCGUCCUGUUCCUACUGCCUGUCCGUGUCCAGAACGGCGCUGUCGGGCCCGGCUGGAGGCAGACGGAGGGAGUUCUGCUCCGAAGGCUGCAGGUCCAAAUACAGGAAGCUCAUCAGCCACGAGGCGAACUGCGACACAUGCGGCCGGCGAGGGAAGCUGGCCGAGAGUCUUCCUCUGCCGGGGAACGUCAAAUAUUUCUGCGACCUGAAAUGUCUCCUACGCUUCGGGAACAACGAGGAAGAGGAGCAGGAUGAAGGCUCUCCUCCUCCUGAACCUGCAGGGAGCGUGGCGUCUUCGCCGGUCAUCACCAGCGUGGUUUCGCUGUCCGGCGGCCCGGCAGGACGAACCGCGCCGCUCGGACUUUCCUCAGACAUCCAGGCCAAAGUCGUCGGCCAUGCCAGCGUCCAGACGGCUCCCAAGCAGCUGAAGAACAAAUCCAUGCUGUGCGUCCCGCUGGUCCACAACAAAGGCGCCUCCUGCUGCGUUCAGACCGUAGAAGCGGCUUCACAGACGGUGAAUUUUAAGCAGAAGGUCCGCCAGGUGAGCUCGGCUGUCCCGGUGCCGGUUCCCGUCUUCAUCCCUCUGCCCAUGAACCUCUACAGCCAGUUGACUCCGGCUCCGUUGGUUCUGCCCGUUCCGCUGCCGGUUCCCGUGUUUCUCCCAGAGGAGAAGAAGGAGGAGGAAGAGGAGGAGGAGAAGAAGAAGAAGAAGAAGGAGGAGGAGGAGGAGAAGAUGAAGGAGGAGAAGAAGGAGGAGGACGACGACUCUGAGGCGGCGGCGGCGGAAACACGGCCUGGAUCUCUGCAGGAGGAUCUGAACUGCCGUCCACGAGGACAAACGGAGGAGGAGAAGGAAACUCAGUCACUUAUUGAAACCAUCGACAGCUACAUGGACGGUUUGGGCUCGGAUUACCAGCCCGGUUUCAACCACAAAGACUUCRAGUCCGACUGCAGCCUGGAGUUAUUCAGUCAGAACCAGACCUGCUGUGUCCCUCCUCCAGAACCGGACCAGAACCUCCACACAGGCCCUGACCUCCCACCUCCUCCUGCUGGACCAGCGGGUCCAAACCUCCAGAACUCACUGGAUUCUCCACCAGCUGCAGGUUUGGGCAACGAGGCUCAGGAAAACAUCCAGAAUAAUCUGAAGGGAGAAAACAAGAAGCUGAAUCUCAAAGUUCUGGACAGUCGGGUUGGAGUUGACGCCUGGAGGAAAUGGAUCCGGUGGAGAGAAUCUCAGACCAGUUUGGACCUCCUGCCCAUGGCUGCUGGCAGGUCGGACAUCCUGCGGUGCUCUUCCUCGGAGCUGAGCGACGGCCUCUUCCUCUUCAUCAGGGAGGCGAAGCUUCCUGAGGAAGACUCCUGCCCUCCAGACGGCCUGUUCUUCCUGUGCCUCUGCAUCCAGCAGUAUUUGUUUGAAAACAGACGUCUGGAGAACAUUUUCACCGACCAGAACUACCAGAAGUUCUCGUCUGAGCUCACCAGAAUCCUGAAAUGUUCCCGACCCUCAAUGUCCGUCCACCGCGGCGUCGCCUCCCGGGUGGAGGAGGAGUUCCUGUGGGAGUGCAAGCAGCUGGGGGCGUGCUCCCCCAUCGUCCUCCUCAACACGCUGCUCUUCUUCUGCUGUAAGAACUUCGGCUUCACCACGGUGGCGCAGCAGCGCCGGCUGUCCUUCACUAACUUCACCAGCUUCACCAGAACCGACGGGGACGACGGCGAGACGAGCGUCCUGCGGUUCUACCCGCCGGAGUCCAGAGGCGAUGCAGAGACCGGUUCUGACGGCGUCCCGGCGAAGAAACGCAGGUUAAACGAGAAUUUCCUGGAGAUGAAGGAGAACCUGCAGAACCCUCUGCGCUGCCCGGUCCGACUCUACGAGUUCUACCUGUCCAAGUGCCCCAAAUCGGUGAGGAGGCGCAGCGACGUUUUCUACCUGCAGCCGGACCGCCGCUGCGUUCCCAGCAGCCCCCUGUGGUUCUCGCUGGCGCCGCUGGACGACGCCACCAUGGAGGCCGCCAUCGUUCGAUCGCUCGCCGUCAGAGAGCUGGCGGAGCGAGACGGAGGAGGAGGAGCCUGAGGGAACCAACGGAUCAGAACCAGCAAGGAGGAGCCGGAGCCUGGAGUUCUUUUCCAGUUUGGAUUUUCUGCUGUUUGGUUUUGAAUAAUGUUUAAAGGAGAGAAAACUGUUUGUUUCAUUUCUUCCUUCAGCAGUAAACAGAAUUUGCCUCAGAAACUCAUGUUCAUCAUUUUUACACAGCAGAAAAUAAACGUUUACUUUUAUCAACUGGAUGUUUUUGGAUGAAAAUCAGUUAUUUUUACGUAAUAAAGCUGAAACAUCAAUUAGGCUGAAUUCACUGUGACAGUUGUUCUAAAUUUUUGUUUUUGUCCAGUUUGUCUCAAUUAAGUCGUUUCAUAAAUAAAAUCUUUGGACAGUA